UCCAACCAAUCACCUUAUAAAGUUUAGUAGGAUUGUCAUGCACAUGCGCUCAUCAAGCAACUGAAGCGCUAACUAUCGAGGGGUUUAACGAUCAACAACUAUUGCAAAUUUACAUGGAAAUUACACCGGCCUCAUAAGGCAGCUUUCAUUGCAAUCGGAUCAGCUCACAUAGUAAUAAAAGUUAUCAAAUAUGAUACGUGUGUUUUGCUUUUGCACGAUGGUUGUAUCUGGAAUAAUGAUUUGUGACGCAACUACGACCGCCGAAACACCAAGCGAAUCAAUAUCAAUUACAACCACCAUUGCUAAAAAAAGUGAGAAGAUAAUCCAUAGUUGUGCUCUUGGCACAACCAAAAUAAAUAGUGGUGCUUCUGCUGAUUGUAUAUAUGAAAACGCCUCGAAUGGAUUAUGCUUUCAUUUUGGGGAAAACAAAGCCACAUAUACAGGAGCUUCGAGAGAUUGUAAGGAUCGAGGGAUGAGACUUGCUUCCAUUACCAAGCCUCAUAUUUUAGACCUACUUCUUGGAAUGAUUCACAGGCAGAAUGACAGCGAAUCUGAGAAUCGAUUUUGGGUUCAUAUACCAAAUUCAACAUGGACAUCUAUUGGUAACUGGAAUGAUACUUACAGUCGAUAUUAUGGUACCUGUGAUCCGAAAUACAAGCAAGGCAUAAAUAGAAAAAAUUGCCAGUUUUUGAUGGCAAAAGGAAACAACACGAAAUUAGUGCUGCGACUGAUGAAAAGUGACCAAGACUGUAACAUGAAAUUAAAGGUUUUUUGCCAAGGUAAAUUAUUGGACAAUUCAACGUCAAAUAAGCCUACUGGAAACCAUGUGGACCCAACCCUAGCCAUCAUUGUCGCUACAUCCGUGGGAGUUUUAUUGUUACUAAUCAUCUUAUUCCUCAUAAUAAGAAGUCUACGUAAAGCUUAUACACACUCCCAUGAAAGAAUGGAGAAUGCCUCGAAAUCUGAUACAUCACAAAAUGAGGAAAGAAAAAUAGGAAACAAAUAUGCAGUGUCAAAGGGGCAUAAAUGUGACACGAAUGAGGAUAAUAAAGAGAAAGAAUAUGCUGACUAUGCCGAACUUGAUGACGGUAGUAUUGACCUUGCAAAUGAUGUAGAUAAUGACAAUGAUGACGUAGUAAAGUCUGACGCACUACCAACAACUGCGCAUGCAAGCGCACAGGAAAGUGGAGGCGGCGAACCUUCUUAUUUCGUAUUAAACAAGGAGCCAUCCGUGGAGUCGUUGCAUACGUACGAGGAUUGUGCUUUCAAAGGUGUUUCCACAGCAUCAACACUACCAAUGGGAUGCAAUUAUUUAGUUCAAAACCGACCCGCAGGCGAUGCCGACGAAAAUGUGUAUGAUUGGCCAGAUUUAUUGCAACCCACCAAUAAUUACACACCGAAAGCAAGAAGGACGCAAAGUGAAACAGAGCCUCAAUAUUUUUCGCUUGAAAUUGAAGAAACUGAUGAAGCAGAAAAUAUCUAUGACUCUGUCUUCCCUGUAGAUGAACCUCUCAAGAAACCCCUAAAAGCCUCGCGUACAAAACAUCUUUCACUUCAAAGAAAGAAACAAAAGAAUAAGCACCAAGGACAUGUUAAAAGUCAACAGACUGGUGGAAGUCGUAAAUAAUCCUCUUUUGCAAUUCAAAUUGGUUUUCGUUUGUGAUAGAACUAUUACCGGUGACAGUAUUAUUUGUAAAUUACUACACUGUAUCUGCAUUUGUUCAACAUCAUGACGUUUCUACUAAUGAUAUUCAAUACCAAUAUUAUAUAUCAGCAAAAGCGUCGUCAUCAUCAUCAUCAUCAUUAUCGUCAUCAUUGAAAUUCACUUUAAUAUCAUCAUGUAAAUUGCUGAUUAAUUAUCACUUUAUCAUAACACCAACCUCUACUGCAUAUCAAUUGCUUCCUCAAACUUUCAAAUUACUUAGCUCUUGGGUUUUAGCUGCAUCGAUAAGCUUCUUUCAAUUAUCAUAUGCUGACUUUAGGAAAACUAUACGAUCAUUGGCAUAAUAAAGUAGUCAUUAAAUUUAACUUCUAUCUCAUAUUACAACAAACACAAUUCGACCCAUAUAGCUGAUGUUGAUAGCGUGAGAGUCGUCGACUUGACCUAAACCUAUUUGUUGGCUGUUAUACAUUUUACUGGCCCGUUGAUGAGAUGUCUGUGUAUUUCUAAACAAAUUAACAUUUAUUAUCGAGUGGUGAUAUCAAACAUAUCUACACUUGUUACAACAGUAUAAAUGUGUGUCAGGACUUUUAAUUGUUCGUUAAUGUGUAUUCUUUCUUUGCAGAUACGCAGCGCUUCUUUCCAAUUUUAUUGGGUCCACAUACGUAGGUUUUGCUGUUAUAAUUUGCGCAAGCCAUCCCUACAUUAAUAUACUCAUCCUCGGUGAAGAGAGGCAAUGCAACGACACGUCACACGCAAAAUGCACAGCGAGAUAUUGAAAGCCGACCUCAAGGUUGGGAAAUAGACCUGUUCCCACUACGCCAAGCAUACUAGAAGAUUCUUAGUACUCCUUAUGCUAUAAAAGCGGAGAAAGACAAUAAACUGACUUACCACUACGUCAUCCGACCUUGUUGCACAAGAGUCUUAUCCUCGUAUCAAAAUUAAUAAAAGUUCUGUAUGAUCCUAGAUAAAAGUUUCACUCUUACCACCAUUGUGUUUUCUGUACCCCAGCACUUAACACUGUGGAAUGUUCUCUAUGAAUAUUAAAUGUACAGCAGAUGUAAGCAUCGUAUAUAGAGUCUGUAGCAUUAUUAAGAAAAGAACUAAAGCAUAUCCUUUUGCCCCAGAAUAGUUGAAAAUUGGAUUGGAUUGCAUUUAUUCGGUGUAAACACCAAGGAUAACACAGGAAAGUCUGAAGAAGACUUAUUUCCAAUGGGGUCUUUCUGGUGGUGAUUAGGCAGUACACCGGGAGACAAUCCCCUACUCUUUUCCGAAGGGUGAACUGCGUUCUGUAACGUGUACAUGGGCCAUGCACACAGUACCAACGGCUUAGGCGUCUCAUCCGAAAGACGGUGCGCUAUCGCGUAAAUUUGCAUGCAUUUCAGCCUUCUAUCUGAAAUACAGGGAGCAGCGAUGGGAAUUGAGCCAGGGACCAAGAGAUCGCCCCAGUUCUGCUCACACACAGUGUGGCUACUACCAGUUUCGACGACUGAGAGCUAGUCUGCUCUCUAAAGUUUUGUAAUUACUUUUGUCGAAGCGCCUUUCAAACAAUUUAUUAUGGAAAGUGAGCUUUUAAAAUAUUUUGAAUUGAUUUAUUUAUUUGCUGUUGCUCUUAAAACUGAGGUAUUUGUAGAAAACUCUGCUCAUCAUCGAUGUAACACUAACAACAAUCCGUUUUCUAAAUAUGAGUUUCAACACUAUAUAAUUUGAAAAUGUAUACUAACAUGAACUUAACCAUUGAAACAAGCAAAAACUAAAACCACAGUUAUAAGCAUAGAGAAUAAUAUUGAAGGUAAAUAAGUGUUCGUUUUCCACUUCAAGUAUAUAGUAAUGUUAUCUUUUAUGUGAUAGGCCUUAUGAGGUAUUUGCAUAAUAUUUUUAUUACCCUAUAAAUGAUAUUAUGGCAAACCAGUAAUGUUAGUAAGGAUGUGGAAUCUGUUCUAUGACUUCGUGUAAAUAUUGUUUAAGUAAUUGUUGUAUGUUUAAUCUAUUGAAAUAGGCUAUUAUAUAGUCAUUACAUUUUGCAUUUAAAUUUUUCUAUUUCAAAUUUUCCAUUAGGAAUUUAAUUGAAUACUUUACUGAACGAUUAUUGAAAGUGCCUUAUUGUAAAUUUAACGUAAGAAGUUGUGUUAAUGACGGCUUGUUAUGUUUCUACAGUCCUAUUGGAACGUUUCUACAUAACAUUUCCCAUACGUCAUUUUUGUUGUACAUAAUGUCUCCUAUUGAACGUUAAAAUUUGUGUUUCAGCAGCUGUUACAGUUUUGUUACUAAAUAAAAAAUAAAACAAUGAAAUAUAUUGUAAGAUUUAAAAAAAUUAAUUUAUUAAACGCUAGCUUUUUUAUGAAUUGGUUAA